AUGGCUAGAGGACCAAAGAAGCAUCUAAAGAGAUUAGCAGCUCCACACCACUGGUUGUUGGACAAGUUGUCCGGGACCUACGCCCCAAGACCAUCUCCAGGUCCUCACAAGUUGCGUGAGUCUUUGCCUUUGAUUGUGUUCUUGAGAAACAGAUUAAAGUAUGCCUUGAACGGUCGUGAAGUCAGAGCUAUCACCAUGCAACGUCACGUCAAGGUUGACGGUAAGGUGAGAACCGACAUCACUUACCCAGCCGGUUUCAUGGACGUCAUCACUUUGGAAGCCACCAACGAGAACUUCAGAUUGGUCUACGACGUCAAGGGUAGAUUCGCUGUCCACCGUAUCACCGACGAAGAAGCCUCUUACAAGUUGGGUAAGGUCAAGAAGGUCCAAGUUGGUAAGAAGGGUGUUCCUUACGUUGUUACCCACGACGGUAGAACUCUAAGAUACCCAGACCCAAACAUCAAGAUUAACGACACUGUCAAGAUCGACUUGGCUUCUGGUAAGAUCACCGACUUCAUCAAGUUCGACACCGGUAAAUUGGUUUACGUCACUGGUGGUCGUAACUUGGGUCGUGUUGGUACCAUUGUUCACAGAGAAAGACACGAAGGUGGUUUCGACUUGGUCCACAUCAAGGACACCUUGGAGAACACUUUCGUUACCAGAUUGGCUAACGUUUUCGUCAUUGGUGAAGCUGGUAAGCCUUACAUCUCUUUGCCAAAGGGUAAGGGUAUCAAGUUGUCCAUCUCUGAAGAGCGUGACCGCAGAAGAGCUCAACAAGGUUUGUAA